GUUUACAGACCUGCGUUUACUUACAGUGCUCCAGUAACUAAAACCAGAAAAAAGCGAAAAUUCUUUCCAACCAGUACCAUCCUGCCAGUAUCCAGUAGCCUGCCGUCUGAGACCCGCCUUCCGUGGUUCAGCCUGGUGCCUCGGCACCUGCAAUUCAGCCUGAUACGAUCCAAUGCCUGAUGACCCAGUGCCCGCUGUCAUGCCUGGUGACUUGAUGCCCGCUGUUGUGCCUGAUGACCCGAAGCCCACUGUCGAGCCAGAUGACCCGGUACCUGAUGACCCGGUGCCCGCUGUCGUGCUAGUUGACUCGGAGCCCGCUGUCGUGCCGGUUGACUCAAAGCUCGCUGUCGUGCCUGAUGACUCGGUGCCCGCGGUCUUGCCAGAUGACUUGGUGCCCGUGGUCUUGCCAGAUGACUCGGUGCCCGCGGUCUUGCCAGAUGACUCGGUGCCCGCGGUCUUGCCAGAUGACUCGGUGCCCGCCGCUCUGCCUGGGGGCCCGGUGCCCGCUGCC